UGUGGAGCCCCCUGGAGCUGAGAUCAGGAUGUUCCGCUUCAUGAGGGACGUGGAGCCCGAGGAUCCCAUGUUCUUGAUGGACCCUUUCGCCAUUCACCGUCAGCACAUGAGCCGCAUGCUGUCCGGGGGCUUUGGGUACAGCCCCUUCCUCAGCAUCACUGAUGGCAACAUGCCUGGGACCAGACCUGCGGGCCGCAGGGUGCAGGCUGGGGCUGUCUCCCCCUUCGGGAUGCUAGGAAUGUCGGGUGGCUUCAUGGACAUGUUUGGGAUGAUGAACGAUAUGAUCGGCAACAUGGAGCACAUGACAGCAGGGGGGAACUGCCAGACCUUCUCGUCCUCCACUGUCAUCUCCUACUCCAACACGGGCGAUGGUGCCCCCAAGGUCUACCAGGAGACCUCCGAGAUGCGCUCCGCACCCGGCGGGAUCCGGGAGACACGGAGGACUGUGCGUGACUCGGAUAGCGGACUGGAGCAGAUGUCCAUCGGCCACCACAUCCGGGACAGGGCUCACAUCCUCCAGCGCUCCCGAAACCACCGCACUGGGGACCAGGAGGAACGGCAGGACUACAUCAACCUGGAUGAGAGUGAGGCAGCCGCCUUCGAUGAUGAGUGGCGGAGGGAGACAUCCAGGUUCCGGCAGCAGCGCCCUCUGGAGUUCCGGCGGCACGAGGCAUCCGCAGGCGGGGGACGCAGGACGGAGGGGCCUCCCCGCCUGGCCAUCCAGGGACCAGAGGACUCCCCCUCCCGACAGUCCCGGCGCUAUGACUGGUGAAGGCCACGCCUGCACCCUGCUGUACAGGCUGCCAGGCUGUGGAGUCGUCCCUGAAGUAACUUUCUCCUCUCCAGCCCCCACCCCCUUUAAUAUUAAA